AAGCGAUAUAAGUAUUGAAAUAGACAAAAUACAGAAAUAGAUGGUGCACAAAACAACCUUAACCAAACGUUUUUGCUUACCUUACUGAAGCAUUGGAAUCUUCUAUUCUAAUUAGUAUGUACAUUAUUUAUCUAAAACCAUCUACAUAUAGAAAGAGGCAUUCUUUAUAUAAAAAGAGGACAGUUUUGUUGUGAAUUUCUUGUAAAGUAUGAUGAAUUUUAAACCAGGGUUAAUUACAUAUGUGCAUUUUGGCCCACAGAAUGUUUUUGGGUCCCACAAAACCUUUAUCCGGGCCUGUUGGCAGUUCAUCUAAAAGACUACUGUGCUGGUCCGGCAAUUUUAGUUUGAAGACCAAAAUCCUUCAGCAUUUCCAACGUCCUGGUCCGGAAAAUAGCGCUAUCAAAGAAAUUGAUAGAUGGUAGGCAGUUUACCUUAAGGGCUAGAAUCUUCAGGUGGAUCCAACGUUCUGGUCUGGUCUUCACGUGGAGCCAAAGUAUUUCUUGAAAAAUUGUCAUCAGGAUAAUUGAUAGAUGCUGGUCCGGCAAUUUUAUUUUGAACCCCAGAGUCCUUCAGAGGUCCCAAUGUCCAGGUCCGGCAUUUCUUUGAAAUAGCUCUAUUCAUAGCAGGUAUUUUAGCUACUGAGUCAUUAACAGACUCUCAUUUUGCCUUUGUUUGUAUAGCUCUAGCCUCAGAACUGAAUAAUUAAUGAUUAGGCUUGGCAUAUGAAUACCAUGCCAUGAGAUAAGUGAUAUCUUACCAUCACUCUGCUUCACGUUGUUAUCAAGAAGUCAAGCGAAAAAUCUCUUAAACUUGACAUAAGCCCUUGACACCGCUAUAGUUUCUUUAGCUCAAUCAAACUAUUUGGUUAUUAUUAACAUGAUACCUUAAUAGCAUGCUAAAUUGACGGACGAAAUCGUACAACAGUUAUUUUGCCAUCCAGCAACCUGCUUUGCGGUGUACAAGUUUGAUGGCUUUUUCAAUAGUACCAGUUGCAUCUACAAGCGGUAUGACAUGUGUGUUUCCGUUUGUCGAGUCAUCGAAAUCCCAAUGCUUUGUAGGAGGAUGUUGCUACGAGUUAAUGGAUCACUGACACGAACGCCUCGCAAGCAGGUGCAGGAAAGAUAGCGAAUCCUUAGCGAUUAGAACGUCUUACUGGACUUAACUAUUGCCUCAGAAUUGAUCGUCUUUAUUGGUGUGUUGAUCUGUGCUGAACGAAAACAAACUCCAAACUAUUCUAUCUUGCCAUUCCUUUUGCAGUUGGAGAGUUGCCGAUGCAAUGCACACAGGUCAAAAUCAUUGGAGAAGAAAAUUUUCAACCAGCUUCCGCAUUUGAAUUUCUAAGGAUAGAUUUAGCUGUCUCAUCAACAUUUUCGCAUAUUCAGAUCAGAUCGUCAUUGAAAGGCCUGAGCAAGCAACUGCUUCCAAGGCCCCCAACCUGCAACCAUUCUUGAUACGUUCGGUAUCAUGAAUGAUCUUUAGAUUCUUCACGAAAGGCUUCACUCGCAGGCAUUGAGAAAUAUUUACAAAGAAGAAAGGAUAUCUUGGCAUUGACCUUUCUGACAUUAUAAAAAAAUAUAAUAUUGAGGUAAAGAAGCUAUGGAAUGUUAGAUUCAUGUGACAAGUGAGCUUCUACAAUAGUAAAGUCAUGGGUUCUUUACUGACACAACAGAAUAUCAGAACUUUGCUUUUGAUUACGUGCACGGUUACGUAUAUGUUGGUUGGCGCGGCCGUGUUUGGUGCGUUAGAGUACGAUCAUGACCAGUUAGAAAGAAAGAAAUACUUGCAAAUUUACAGGCGGUUGCAGAGGGAUUAUAAUAUUUCAAGAGCAGACAUGUCAGAGCUGGCAAAGUACCUUCACAAGAAAAAACAUGUCGAGUAUGCACUGGAGCCUUGGAGUUUCGCUGGCUCUGUGUAUUUUACUGCCGUGACAAUUACAACAAUUGGUUAUGGACACAGUGUGCCUCGCACUAUCCACGGAAAGCUGUUUUGUAUCUGCUAUGCAAUUAUCGGGGUUCCAUUGAAUCUGACUAUGUUCCAAGCAAUUGGUGAAAGAAUGGGUGUUCUUCUUUCCUACUCAAUAAAGAAGCUCAAAGCUUGUUUAGGUAUGAAGAAUACAGAGGUUUCUUUAGUGCAGCUGGUUGCUGUUGGACUUGUUCUAUGGAUCGUUGCUCUCUGUGCAGGAGCUGCUUUGUUCGCUCGCUAUGAAGCCUGGGACUUCUUUACAAGUUUGUACUACUUUUUUGUUACGUUAACAACAAUUGGGUUUGGGGACCUUGUGGCUCUACAGGAAGUCAAUCAUGAAAGAACGAGAGAUAAGAAAACAAUGUAUAUAGCACUAACAAUGUGCAUGAUAUAUGUAGGCCUAACAAUCGCCUCUUCAGUGAUCAAUUUACUAGUGUUAAGACUUAUGGAGUUGCAACAGCCUAAGAAAAAGAGGCACAAGUUGUCUGUGCAGCCAGGACCGAGGUGUAAUCACUGCCAGAAUGGAAAACUUCUCAAAGUCGAUACAAAUGAAGAUUCUGGUAUCGAAGCAAAUCAAAGUGUGAUGAUUCUAAAGAAUUUCGAGGACGAGUUGUCCUUCACGUCAUACAGACAGCUUCAUCAGAAAAGAAAAUCAAUUUAAUUUACGGUGUCAAGAAGAGUUCAAUGGUGCAAGAAACUGCCGCAAAGAGGUCCUGUCCCCUCCCGUUAAAAAUUGUCCCCUUUGACCCGAUAAGAUGUGGAUUUCUGUUGAGUUUAGUGCUGCUGAAGAUAAAACGGCAUUAGAUUUAUUGCCAUUUUCUUGCAUGGAGACGGGAUAGUUGAUAAUCUUAAGGAAAGAGCCAAUGUGCAUAAAUGAUUGAAAUAUCUAUGUAUAAUUGGAAGGUAGAAGAUCUGACAUAAGAAUUUAGAACCCUGACGUAACAUAAAUCAUAAGAUCUCAAAUUUGCUUAGAUGAAACUAAAAUGGCACAUGUUUUCAAUGGUAAAUGGUAAUAUAUGGUGUUUGUGGUAAUGUCAGUGGUCUUUUACUAGUAGCAAUGAGUUUCCACUUCAUCCAACCCUAGACCCCCUCAACCAUCUUCAUGAAAACCAAGAAACCUAACAUCACAUUAUACAAUGUUCUUUCAUAAUCAUUUAAUAAAUAUUAAGACUGAAGUAAAGAACAGCAUACAGGCAUAAGGUAUCAAUUUCUUCGGACAAAGUAAAUAAAAUGUGCCUCUUUUGGAUGUAGAAUCAAGAUAAAUGAUUGUUUCUAUGGUUUCUGUUUCCAACGCUUUUAUACAUUUGUAAGUAAAGCUACAAGGAACAUUUUGCAAUCAGAUCCAGAGAGCAGCAAAAUCUUCAAUCUGGCAAUGUUUAAAAGACGAUGCAUUAUUUAUGCAGCUUCAUGGCAGGUCGCUUCGUUUAGAUGAAGUUGACGGUCAGCAAUUAAAAAAAUAUAUUAUUUGUUAGUUUGCUAUUUGAUAUGCUGAGUAUCCUCUUGAAUAUGAAUCGAGAUACGCUAUUAAUAUCUGUCUGGUACGGAGAUAAAUUUUUUGCAAGCUCUGCAUGAAAUCAGCAUUCUAUCAGCAUUCUUAUCAUAUCAUUAAAUGUUUUGUGUAGAAUUAUGCCCAUCAGAAGAUCUGCCCGAAAUGCUAGUUGCUAUAAACAAUAAGUAGGGUAGGCUUUAUGUUGAAAAACAUAGCUGAUUCUUUAAUGCAAGUCUUUCUUUACUCGAACUUUUAUGAAUUUAGUCAAUUUGGAUGAUAUCCAAAACUAAACUUCCAAAAAAUUCACCACAACAGCAUGUUUACAGUUCCCUCACAGAGGCGUCGCCAAAGAGGAGGUACGGGGAGGGGGGGAGUGUGCAGUACCCCCUGCCCCCACAAAUUUGUCCGUCGGCACAUUAAGGAUUUUUACCGGGCAGAAAAUGGAAUAUUUGCACUCACUCUGCAACCUUUUUGCAAUAAUUGUGACAUAUUAACAUUUCUGUGUAGUUGAACUUUCAGAGUAUGGCACUGGAGUAUAAACUUUGAAAGAAAAACGAAUAAAAGUAGCAUGCAAGAGUAUUUAUCUUUUGACCACACCCUUAAAGAGUGAGAUACGCCCUUUUUGUCUGCAAAAAUCGCCUCUUCAUCCCUCCAAACAAUUUUUGGCUUCGCCUCUGUUCCCUUAUUAUGCCUUUUUGACUCCUGAAGUGUCAAAGGAAACAUUCCUUAAAAUAUUUGUCUGAAGCUUCAAUUAUACCUGAAAGAUCUUGUUUUAAAGAAUACUUUCAUAGGAUCUGAAAAUAGUUUGUAUCAGACAAUGAUAGCAUUAAAUUAAUUCAUAUAAAUAUUUAUUGGAGAAUGGUGCUUCCAUCUACGGAAAGAAUUCGGUAGUUUAAUAAUAUGUCACUAGAAAGCUUGGAACCUGUUUUAAAUUUCAUAUAAAAGUCAUACGACGUGAAAUUUAUAAGAAAUAAAUCAAAAUUUUGUAUAAAUCUAUAUAUGUAUAGGAAAUAAUGGAUAGAUUAAGAUGUGAAUUCUUGUCCUUGCAUUGAGUAACUUUGCUUUUGUCUUCAUAACUCUUUGCCAAAGUUUUGCUAAACAGAAACGCACUUGAAAUGGAAUCUGUAGGAAAUUUUUUGUUACAAAUUUUCUGAAAAUAUUGCACCUUUUCAAAGGCUAUAUGACCCUACAAAAAGCCAGUGGAGAAACUACAGAUGUUCAGGGGGCUGGAAGUGGGCUGGAAGGGGGCU